AAUAAAAGAUUUACUAUUAAAUGCAUUAAAUAUUUUUUUACUCCAGGUUGAACAUAUUUUGGCUGUCUGAAAGGCUAUUAAAAUUAACAUUUUCAUUGCCACUUUAAUUUAUAUUAAUUGGUUACUUUAGUGUACAAGUAUUUUUCUUGAAGUGAACUGAAUGAAAUGUAGUUAUUUCUGUAUAUCAAGAGCUUAAACAAGCCAUAGCAUCUACAUCAAAAUGCCCCUCCAAGGUGAUAAUAAUCAGUCUCCUGACAACUCUCUGAGCUCUGAGCCUAUCACCAGUGAUGGCUCUCAAUCUACCAGCUCACUAAGUGCCAAUGUUUCUCCUUCUCCUGCAUUUUCUUCUUCACCUGCUGCUGCUCAAAACCCAAAUACUGGAAACACAGCUACUUCGUGUUCUACUGUAAAUAACUCCACUGAAGAAGCUUCUCUCCAUAAUGCUUUUGUAGCCACAGAAAGUGACAGCUCUUCUUCAGCGGUGCCAAGUGCUCCUCCUGCAAACCAUGAUGAGCCUGACUGUUUGCUUGACUUGAUUGUUCAUGCUGUGAAUCAGCAUUUGGAGCCCACUCAAGAUUCCCUCCAGAGGACUACUACAAAUGCCAUGUUGUCACCAUCGUCUGACCACCCUCCAAGUUACCAUGACUUGACAAAUGAUGAUAAUGCAAAUUUUGUUGCUGAAGAAGAUAAGACUAAUCCUCCUCGUUAUAAGGUUGCUGUUGCUCAAGAGAAGAUUGCUCCAUCUGCUUCAUCUAAUGUGCCCAAACACGUCCUCAAAGAGGUGCCUGGCAAGACUAAAGAUACAUCUGUCCUGCGCAUCAGUACACAGCUCCUGCGUGCCUCUAAACGUCUGCUUGAUUUUUUAGCUGUAGUGGAUGCCCAUCCUGAACUUUACAGUGGCCAGGCAGUUGUCAAUGCAGUGUUUAGGUAUGAGUACUUAUGGCUGCCUCUACUGAGCGACUAUCUGAAGAAAGGCGGCCCUGAGAUUGCUCCUCCCUUGGAUGUUCACUGGGUUUGGGUCGUCCACAUGCUGGCACCACAAUACUACAUUGUUGACUGCGAGGCCAUUGCAGACAGGGUGUUGCCACAUCGUUUGCUCACUCAAAACUCUCUGGCUAUUGCUAGGGAGAGGGGAAAGAAACUGUGGGAGAGUGUGUACCCUCACGACCCAUGGGAAUUGGAUUUAAAAUAUUCAAAGCAAAUUAGUUCUUCUACUCCAUCCAAGAUUCAUUACAAUCUUCUUGAGGCAGUGGGUCGCCAGAGUGCUUUCUACUACCAAGUUCGUCUGGCCCACUACCGUACUAGUCCAUUCUUGCUCUCUGCAAUCCAGCGUUACCGUAAGUUCUUGCAUCUCAAGAAGAUGGAGCCCAAGAAUUUCUUGGUUCCUUGUUAUGACAUGGACUUGGUGUGGCAUGCCCAUCAACUUCAUCCUCUCAGUUACUAUAACGACACAGUUGCUUUCUUGGGCUGCUUGCUGCCUCACGAUGACUCUGUGAACAACAGGGAAACUGGCUCCAAGCUGAUGGUCAGCGAUGGUAUCACUCGAAAGCUCUGGAAAGAUGCAUGGAGGGAAGAUUUUAAUCGCCAUGGUGCCAUGUAUCGUGGCGAUCCUCCAAGUACAUAUAUCAGCCUUCCUCCUCCUCAGCUCCAAAAUCUUGCUCGCAUCCCGCACUUUGUUGUUAAAUUCCUAAAAGUUACGUUAAAGGGCAAGUUCCCUGAAGGUCUCCUUAAAGUCAAGUUUCGCCAUCAAGUUCAUCCUCUUGGCGACCUGACUCUCCAGCAUGACGGGAAUGAGAGUGAACACGACAUUAGCUCGUCUGGCUUCACCCUGGCUCUGGAGAACAUCAAGGUGCAGAAGUGGCUGGUUGUGAAGGUGGCUCCUGAUCGCGCUCUUGGCAAACUGCUCAGCAAACUUGGACACGGUCGCUUCUGGUGCAUGAGGGACCUCAGUGAGCUCUUCAUGUGCAAGUCUGGUGACGUUAUAGUCAAGGAAUUCGAAGAAGAAGGCCACUGUUUACAACUGACGGUGAAGGUAGAACGCCACAUUACACCAAUGUGGGUGAACAUGUCUACUCUGACUGGGCCGUUCACGCCCGUCCAGGUGCCUGUCAUCAAACUGACGGCACAGACAGGCAUGUCUGUCUGCAGUCAGCACCUCAGUAACAACAACACCAAGCAGCCGUCUGCUCCUCCACUGGAGUCCCUGAGCCCACCGCAGCUCAUGAACGAUGUGGACGCAACGAGUCUACAGAACCUGCUCAACGCCGCAGGUCUUGGUGAUGCAACAUCUUCUGCUAAAUCCUCUACCGAGGAGCAGAUCGUGCAGUUAGAAAACAGCCCAUACCUGCACAAGAAGUGCAUGCAAGUCGAAGCUAAAAAUCCCACAUCUGAACUGAAGAAGUCUUCCGAUGAAGAGACUCUCGAAGCAGAUGAAAUUGGUGAUCGGUCAAAACUGAAUGACAAUCCAGUGCUUGAAGACCACCCUUCAGUUGAUGGCUUGGAGACCUUCGAUGUUCACAUGGCUACUCACAGACUGGUGAACACUUGCCACCCCGACAAGCCCCAGAUCUUCAAGAUUGAAGUAAGCCACUCACGCGCCCUGAUGCUCUCUACCAUCCACGUGUACUCGGCGUGCGACGUGAUGCCCUGGACCUUCGACCACAGCAGCGAGCCCCGUACCCCCGAGCUCGAGAAGGAGGUGUCGGCGCUGCGACUCGUGGCGCUCUCGCACACCCUCGACCCCAACACGCUGCCCUCGCCGCACAUGCUCAAAAUGACCAACACCAAGUGGCAGUCGUCGCACGUGGCCAUGUGUGACUGGGACGCAGGCGAGCGCGCCAUGAUCGUCAAGGGCGCCGGCGGCAGCGACUGGGCCAUCGUCGUGGCCCGAUGGACCGGCCUCAGGAGGGGCACCCCUGGCACCCUCAACAAACGAGGCGUGCCAGGCAGCAGCGGUGAGCUGACGCUUCGUCUGCACUGUCCCGUCAACUCGCCUGCCGAGCAUUUCUCCCUGCCUUACUCCAAGUCUAAGUUCGACUUCCAAGUCCGCAGUUGCUGGAUGGAUCUAAACAAUGGCACUGUUUUGGUGAAGACGGACGAGCAAGAGUUCAUCGAGCACAUCACCCUGGGCUUCGCCAUCACAGUGCUGCACGUGUUGUGCCAGCCGCGCGUCGAGGCUCUGAUGGACGUGACCGACAGCGCUGCGGCCGCUGCUCACUUCGAGCUUGAUAACCGUCCCAACCGAAUACCCGUGGAGCGGCUCUCUCUGCUGACGGCGGCUGGCUUCUUCUGCCUGCUGGCGCCCACCAACCAGUACCGACGUCAGCUGAGCCGCAGCGCUGUGCAGGAGGGGCGCUACAAGCGCGAUCGCCGCUUCAGCAGCAGCGGCUGCCACUACCCGCUGCUGCUGCCCAUGGUCAGCGCCGCGCACGAUGCCGGCGAGGCCGCUGGCGACGCAGGACAAGAAGAUGUGGUCGAUGGAGGUUAUGAGGACGGUUUGGUGGGCGCGUGUGGUGCGUGUGGCGGGUGUGGAGGCUGCGGGGGCGGUGUGGCAUCCGUCCUGGGUGCUCCACCACAGUACCUGUGGGGGAACAGCCAGGCGGGCAACGGUAUGAGUGACGGAGGAGGGUUUGAUGGAGGCGGGGGCGACGGCGGCAUGGACGGCAUGGGUAGCGAUGGCGCGAUUUUGUUAUCGGCGUUCGCCGGUGUUGCCGGGGGAGGCAACGACAGCUCGCCCUUUGGCUACGUGAGCUCAAGCGAUGCAGGCGGUGGAGAUGGUGAUGGUGGAUGUGGCGGUUGUGGUGGAUGUGGCGGAGGUUGUGGCGGGUGCGGAUGUUAAGUCGAACUAAAGCAACCGGCUUUUAUAAAAGCCCAUUUCGCGCUCAACUCAGCGAAUAGAAUUCUUCUCUUUCUAAAGUGCUGAGUUCUUGUGGAUUAUUGGUCGUUGUUUGGAUGACUGCAUACAUGACUGUUGCUAUGGCAUCGAUGGUUAGGGAGCUCUCUUGUGUGACCAUCAAUUGCUUGACUGGUUUUGGCUCCUUAAGUUUUCUUCAAUUCAUGAAAUCAAACGAGGAAUCACGAUAAUUAGGAUAAUUUAGUUGUUCGACGUGGCCAAUUUGACGGUGCAUAUUAAUGCCAAUCGCAACGAGUAACAUUUCGGUUUUAUUAUUGGACAUUACUCAAUAAGGCUUUAUCUAGUGAUGUACGCAAGCUCUUACGCUGCGCGCAGAUGUGACGGCUCUUAGAUACGACAUUUGUGCAGCCUUGCAACAAUGAAGCCCAAGGCAGCUUCGGGCCCAAAGUGUCACAUCCGUCUGAGCCGAGGCAAACUGGUGCAGUUUAUAAUUUUUGUUACAAGAGAUGUGUACUGUUCGCACCUCGCGCUGUGUAGGGCCGUUGGGCUUUCGUGUGCUAGUGACGUAGCUUUAAGUGUUGGUGAUGUAAGUGCAACUCUAACGCUGCCCAUGGAUCAUCCAUUUUAUGGAGAUAAACCGAAUCUCCAUUUUAUGGAGAUAAACCGAACUAGUGGCGACUUAUGUAACGCCGGUAGACGUGCCAUGUUCCUAUUAGGGGUGCAUAGGUGGGGUCGGAACCCCGUACAAAAGGAUUAUAUUUACUGUGGUUAACAUAGCUUAUAGCUGUUGAUAGUCGUAAUGGCCUCCUAGUGUAUUGUAUUGGUGUCGUACAAGAUAUUUUAUGAUAUUUGAUAAUAAAAAGUAACGGUAACUUGUAGAACUUUGCGGCGCUGACUGUUAUUGACUUGCACUAGAUUUUAUUCUACUCCGUGAGAUGAGCAUUAAUCGUGAAAUAUUUACGUAAUUGAUGUGGGUUUACACUGUUCAUUUGUUCCCUCGUACGCAUAACUGAAUUUUUUUUAAUUUUGAAGCUAAUGAACUUAAUUUAAUGUCUUGCGUUAUUUGCGGGAAAAGCAUAUUGUUGUAAUGUAUGAAUUUAUUGCAUGAAGUUUCUGCACAACAUUCUUCAAUUUGAUUUGAAAACGAAACUACAUUCUUCAAUUGAUUUGAAAAUGAAGUUACACUAGACAUUCCCGUACUACUUUACUAUUUUUUCAAAUGAAUAUCUAAUUGAUUUUCCUUGUGUUCGAACAUUUCGAUAACUACUCUCUAGUUUAAUUGAUUAAUUUCCUCAUUUGUUUCUCUCAAUUGAACUCCUUACAAGAUUCUCCCAACUCGUAGUCAGCUGUGAUGCUUUCUCUAUUAGAAUUACACGUUCGUAAUUAAUGCGCAUGUUAUAGUUAAGGCAAGCGUGCAGUCGAGAUGCACGUAGCACUAGUUUAACAGAAUCUUUCCUAAAUUCUCUCUUGGUUCAGUCGAGAAGACGCUUAUGCUUAAAAUAUAAAUUAGAAACUUGCUUCCGUACGUUGCUUAACAACAGGCUUUGAUUUUUGUCUGUAUGUUAAAUACCUAGUUAAUGAACUUUGGGUUAAAAUUAUUUAUAAUUCCUGUGCUUAGGAUGAUUUGGCUUCGAAACUCAUUAACUUUAUCAGCGGCUAGAUGUUAUUAAUAAGUUAUGUCUAUUUGGUAAAAACAAAUCAAAAUGUCCGACGUUCCUGGCUGUAGAUCAUGGUUGUUGCUCUUAGAAACGCUUCUCGUAUGUGAUGAAAAAAUCUCUAUUGGCCUAAAUAAAAUGAUGUAAUAUAAUACGACAAUUACGACGAAACAGUCCCAAAAACCUGCGGCUAUUGAGGUUAACGGGUAUCCUGGAUGGUUUUAAAAUAAGGUUAUCAUCGAGAUUGUUGUGUGCAAUUGUUCGCUAAAUCGUUGCCCAGCCUGCAACUCUACCAGAGAUUUGUUCGCGGCGACGAGCAUCGCAGGCUGCGAGGUGUUGCGAUGAUGAAGAUUUCCUGCAUGAAUAAACAUGCAUGCGUCUUAUCCUAAGCUGUUUAGGCGCUGCAUGAACAAACUUGCGUGCGUGUUAUAGUGAGCUUUCAUUGUAGUGCUGCAUGACCGUACGCUGCGCAGUUUCAUAGCGUUCACCUCGUGGUGCGAGGCGAGUGUCAAUAUUCUGGUACGAGAAGACUGCAAUGACCAUGCAAAUAUGUAAGCAAUUUAUCUGAAGUACGAACACUUCGUUUAGUUUUUAACAUUGUGCUUUUGUGUUAUACAAAUAACAUGUUGACACAACACUGCUUAAAAUAUAAGAUUAUACAUUUCCGUGGCUUCUGAAGAAUUUUAUUUGUAUUAUUUUUUUAUUUGUGUUAGUUUGUAUUUGUAUUAGUUUGUAUUAGUUUAUAUCUAUUUGCGAGCUACAGCAAUCGUAGUUCGAAGUUCAGCCAUUAAUUCGUUACUGAGCUCGAGUCUUUGUACUUCGUCCAUCCUUUAGCAUCCCUUUAUAUUUUUUGUUUGAAACAUUCGAUUUAGGUUUUCAGAGGCUUUUUAAUUAAUUUUUAAAUUUGUUCAUGAACAAUGUUCCAGGAAACAAACAUAUAUUCCUGUCUUGAUUAUAAUGGAACGAAACUCCUAAACAUAUGUACAAUCAGUGUAUGUUGUCAGUAGGUACAUCGAUGUUUCAGUUGUUCACUGAUAGUUAACCUUGAAGUAACAUCGUGUAUGAUAAUGUUCUGGAGUGAUAUAUUUUGAAUCUAACUAAAGUUUUAGUGAUGGUAUGCAAGGUGGCGAACAGCCUCCUUUCAGAACAGCUAAGGAUAAUAACAAGUCCACUCAGUGCACGAUCGUCAUUGAUUUAAAAUAUCCAUUUUCCAUCCUUAAUCAUCUCUGUUGCAUUUAUACACAGGGUUUUUCCAAACAAUUGUGUAUUGUAUUAGCUGCAUUCCAUGGUGGGCUUUAAAAUGAGUACUUUAAUUGAUUCUCUGUACCUGUAGAUGUCAACAAUGCAUUGGUCCAACUUAGCGUUCCAUAUGUUCCAUGUACUUUAGCUCUCUGCUCUCCAUUGCCAACGUUCCUUUUAUUUUUUUAUGCAUGGGGGAUAUGUUAAUCCAUUCCAUUGAUAUACUAUUUCUAUUCAUUUACAUAUCUAUACGCUUCGUUAACUUCCAUCCAUUCCUAUUUGUAGUUUAUAUUUUUAAGUAGUUUGUGCGAUUAAUAGUUGUAAUUUAGUUCUUUAUUUCCCCCAAUUUAUUUCUGUCUAUUUCCAGUCAUUGAUCAUAAAUUUCAAAUAUUCUGCUGUUACAAUUAGUUACAGGAGCAGUUGAAAUUGUGGCGCGUUACCCUCAGCUAUUGUGAUGUUACUGCUGCUGCAGCACUCACUUCUUAUAUUUUGCCAUUCUUUUUUUCAGUUAAUCUAUAGUUACUCUUAUUUCUGUUUUCAGUUCCUCUUAUUAAUUUUAAAAUACUUCUAAUGCUUGAAACGCCCGCCCCAGGCGGCGCCAACCAUGGCUGCACAGUUCGCUUUAUCAACUCAAAAAUUCUGUAAUUCUGGAAGAAAAUGUGCUGGGAUUUAUGUCUCCAUAUUUCUGUAUGGAUUUCGAUUUAAAAAUAUUUCUUAUGUUCUGUUUUUUUUUGUUAGGUUCUAACUACAUUUUAUACAUCAUAUUUUACAAAUGCAUUUCUUAUUUAAUAUUUUUGUAAGUGCAUUUUUUAGUUUUCUAUUCCAGAUAGUUCCACCGUAACACAUCGUAAAUGAGCUGGAGAAAGCUUCUCAUAACCCAUCGCUUUACUCAGCUCCCUUAUUCUUCUAGUCUACCCACUUUAUAUUCAUACUAACAUAAAAAAUUUAUAUGCUGACCUUAUUUCUUGCCGGCGCGGUAAAUGAAUCCUCGCCUCUUGUUACUCGAAACUUUGUCACGUAAGUUGUUCUAUCUCUACACGCCUUUGUACGCGUGCUCUGUAAAUUCACAUCUCCGUUUAGAAGGGCGGGACUAUUGACUUCUCGCAUCCCGUGUCUGCUGGGUCGCUAUCAUUAUUUAUCGCAGUUUUCACGAUUUUAUUACUUUUGAUUCAGAAAUAUUGUUUCGUACUUCUCCCAUGAUUAAACCUUGUUAUAGUUGUUUCAUAUUUUUCCUAUUUUACUCUUUCAUUGAUGUGUGAAGCCGCAGCCUCAUUGCGCGGUCACGUCAGAGUGUUCUUUAUGAUGGUUGUGGAUUUCCUGCUAACGCUCCGUCGAAUUCCUUCAGUUUUUUCAUUAACUGCUUUUUAAAAUUGUUUCGUUUUUAUCGCUAGGUAUCUCUUGAGAAAGUAACACGACUAAUGACGCUUAUCAGCUUUAUUGCUUUCUAGUUUUAACAAAUUAUAUUAUAAUCGUAGUGACUAACAGAUAUUGAUAAUUUAGCUCAUCGUUGAAGCAGCUUCAUUUUGAUGCUCUGACGUAACGACCCUCCGAACGCUUGGCGCUUAUGAACUUACUAGAAAUCCCAUUAAACAAUUCGUCUCGUUAUAAAUUUAGAACCUGUGUUUUGGUGACGUCAUGUAAAAGCAAAUGAAAUCCUUUUAGCAUCUUGUGCUUAAUUAUUUUACUCAUCUAAUGAGUUACUAUUAUGCUCCACUCCACCACCGAAUAGAUAACCUACUACUUAGUUGCCUCAGAGUAGCAAUUAUUAUUUCAUUGUAUUCAAGAAAGGAGUUUUCAUUGUUCUCUCAGCCGCCAAUGUAACGCAUGGUCCUCUAUUGCCUUGCGUAUCUCGGCGCGCUAACGACAAGCGUCAACUUCCCUCUCCCGCGCUGCCUUGGCACUUGUCAGCUCAGGACGCGGCACGAAGCGCAGUGGCAAACGAGUGGUUUCUUACAAACCAGUCAAAUUUAAUUCCAUGAUACAGGUCAAAAUUGCAUUCAAUAUUUGUGUAUGAAGAUGCAGGUAUACAGUUUACUUACCUGGUCUUCUCAUGGGACUCAAACAGUCCCUGUUGUGCCACGAUGGAUUGUCUGGCUGUGUUCUGCAUCUGGUGUAGUCGAUGCUUUUCCAACAGAGUGGUCGUGGUCGUUAACAUGGGCGGUGGAUUUGAAUUCAUUUCCAUCAGUUUUUGACCAGUUUCAUUUUAAAGAGAAUGUUUUCUUUACAUGUGAGAAAUGAUGAACUGUAAUUUUGUUGGUAAUUUCGCCUACAAGAUUUGUUUUGGGCUUUGGGCUAUUGACGCUGAUCUCGUCAAGUAUGUGAAAAUUAAUAAAAAUGUAUAGUUACAGGUUAUUUAUUGUUUACUGUGAGCUUCUAAUAUUUUAUUGAAUUAUUACGGUAUUUGCAGCCUAAAAUUUAAUACGCUGACAUCGUCUGAGUUGCAAUCUGCUUGUAUUAAAAAAAAGAAUGCUUUUUCAAAGUUAAUAAAAUUUAUGGCCAAAUGGAAGAAAUUUCACGUGUGCUAAAAAUAUAUUUCUAAGUCAACGUAAUUUUUAUGCCAAUUUCCGCAAAUUUUAUUCACGGGAAUAUUCCAUAUUCUGAGAUAGUUCCGGUCGUUUUGUGGCUCAAAAUUUAGUUCCGGUCGUUUUGUGGCUCAAAAUUUGUCUUCCAACCUUCUUGGAUAAAUAAGUUCCGGAUGAAUGAACUUCGCCAGCUACGCUACCGGCACCCCAAUCUUUAUAUUAAAUAAGAGUGCUCGCGCCGGAACGCAAACUGCAAAGCUCGUUGCUCUUCUCACAGCGAAAACGCUCGUUUUGAAUCGUGUUACAUUUUUUCCUUCCAAGUUCAUUCUGUGUUUUUUGGCGUAUGUUUUUAUCUCAUCUCCAAAGAGAAUCUCCUUCUAACCUCUCUGGCCAUGAACGAACGGAAAUCCCUUUCUUUUACUUCACAAUUCCUAGAGACAAAAGAUUUAAAAUCUGUCGUUGAUCACUUUCUUUGUUUAGGGGCAGUUUUUCUGUCUUGGACUUUAGAAAGAGGAUUAAAAAGGUUAGCAUUUUCUCCUGGUAUUCAACGUUCAAAAAUUUCCGGGCUACAAGAGUUAUCAGGCUUCUGCGCUGACAUGAAGGCGGUUCAGAGAGACUAAAUAUCGUGAUUUUAGCGCACCACAUGUGUUCCGACAGCGGUGUUUGACAACUUGCUUCAGUGUCUUAUUCUAUUGCAAAAACUUUAAUGUUUGGAAGAGUGCCACCUCGAAAAUCUCCAUCGUUACAAUAAAAUGAAAAAGUUUGUGUUCGACUGUAGGGCUUCAUUGUUCUUCUAAUGAACAACAAAAAUGACCAGGACCAUGUCAUGUGAGAGUAAAUGGUCUCUCAAAUAAGCUGCUAAUAAAUGUUAUUUAAACCUUUUUAUUUUAAUAUUCGAUCCUUUGCUGAAAUUUGUUCAAAUAUGCAUUUGUGCCAUUUUUGGACUGAUUUUAAUACCCCGUUUUAAUGUACGCGCCUAAUUAAAUUCAUUAAAUAUAUCGCUUUGAAUUCACUGAGAAGCUUUAGUGUCGUUUGUUAUAUGUUGUGCUAAGUAAUAUUGUAUGUAUAUAUACAAUAAAAAUCAGUUGAGCUUUUUAGAGACUUACCUUGCCCCUCACGAAGAACGGCUGGUACGUUAUUCAUUCUGACAACCUCGCAAUAUCAUAAUCAAAAUGGAUCAUGCCAAAUUGGUCGCCAUCCUCUGCUGGUCUUUUCUCGUGUGAUAACGCGUUCCCAAGUCCUUCGUGCGAUGCCAACAAUUCUUCAUUUGCCUUCUUCUUCGAUUGAUAAUAAGCUUUUCUCUCGGGUUUCAUUAAACUCAUUUUAAAAGGCAGCAAAAUUCUUGAUUUUAUGUCUAAUAUUUAAUUUUUGUCCGGUUUCGUAGGUGGAAUUGAUGCUAUGGAGUCUUUGGCUCUAGAAAAAACGUACAAUUAUCGUUUAUAGUCUCGAAUAUCCUACUUAGAUCGGUACUCUGCUUCCUACCGCGGCGGCUGAUGCUUCGUAUUGUAUUCUGUGGACGCUGUCUUCGGGUGUUAAUAAAAUUUUUGAGACGUUC